AUGUACAAGAGUAAGCUGCAGGAGCUGUGCCAUGGGAAGAAGUGGGGGUUGCCAAGAUACACGACCAUGAAGGAUGGACCGGAUCACAACCCUGCCUUCAAGGCCUCUGUAUCUGUAAAUGGCUUCUCCUUUGACUCGCCCGUUGCUUGCAAAUCUUCCAAACAAGCGCAGAACCAAGCCGCCAUGCUCGCUUUCCUCCACUUCACCUCUCCACCUUCUUCUUUUUCUUCUGGUAUCCCAGAGUUCUUCAACACUUUGAAGGGGCCAGAGCAUGCUGCUGCGAACGCUGUUUCAAUGUCAUCGUCACAAGACGGUGCCCAAACCAGUGUUGAAUCUGGUCAUUGCAAGAAUCUCUUACAGGAGUUAGCUCAGAGAGAAGGAUUUUACAUGCCACAAUAUAAAACUGCGAGAUCCGGUGCAUCUCACCUGCCAACGUUCUCCUCCACUGUGGAAGUUGAAGGAGAGGAAUUCUAUGGGAAAGCAGGGAAAUCCAAGAAACAGGCAGAGCUGAAUGCUGCAAAAGUUGCCUACAUUGCUUUAAAAGAGCGUGGAUUGAGCCGGGCUACUGAGAUAACUUCCUGCCAUCUGAGAGAAGGUGCUCUCAAGACCACUCAAAGCUCUGACUUGAGAAUGACUGUUGAUUCAGUCAAGAAUCUCAUACAUGAAGAACAAUUGGUUUCAUCUCCAGCUAUCAAGUAUGAGGAAUGUACUAAACAAAUGAAAGGCACAUUACACGAUUUAUCAGCCAACGCCAAUCUCGAAGCUGAGGUCUGUGAUUCAUUUCAAGCAGUACUGGAAAUGGAUAACAUAAAAGAAACCGGAAAUCCUUCUUCAUGCUCUGAAUCGAUGUUCCCUUCAACUGAAGAAAGCCCUUCCUCGCCAGCAUUUAUACAGCCCAAUCUUCCUGCUGUCACAAAUGUAGGGAAAGGUACAGGGGUGAGGAGUUACUUGCUGUGCAACAGGGUUAGAGUUUACACACAAUUUCCUGAUAUUGCAUUCCCUAAUCGCAUAACGGUGCUGCCCGUUAGUGAUGACAAGUGGGUGGCUUUCAGGUUGGAGUUCCCAAAUGAAGAAAGCAAUUAAGUUGAGUUGCUGGUGUUACCAGAAUAUUGUCUUUGAUAAGACCUAGUUUUACCAUGAUAUCCAACUGGACUUUCAGUUAUGUUUAACCUAAACUUAUGGCAUGUAUCUGCUUCUCAUGCCGGAUGCUGAUCC